AUGCUGGAGGACGAUCGGGAACAAGCCCUGGAGCGCUGUGAGCCGAACGAGUACCCGAACGUGCCCAGGUGGGAGGAAUUAAACCUCUUUGUGAAGCCUUCCGGCCUGAAGCCCCCAAGGGACAAGGUUGCUCCGCUGGAUUUUUGCAAAUGGUGCGAUGCGGAUCCAGCUUUCGUGAAAGACUUCCCGUACGCUUACAAGCACGGCUUAGCGAUUGCGGUCAUGAUACAUAGUGCUAACGACAGCGUUGUUGACAGCUUCGUGCGAUUUCACUGGCUCACGGGAUGGAAUCAUAUCUUUAUGUACUUCACUGACCCGAAGGAUCAAUGUAUCGGCCAUGCGAAGGCAUUGGAGAAAUUCGCCUCUGCCGAGGAGCAGAAGGGCAUCGGCCUUUCUGUGAUCAAAAUGGACGACGAAUGGUGGGAUCAGGUUCGGAGCAAGAGUCGUUAUUACCAGCGUCGCGAAGAGGAUCAAGUCUACGAGGACGUCUGCAAGCAUGCAGAUGGCCAUGGCGAUGUAGAGAGUCGGAGGCUGAUUGUUGCAGACAUGGCAAUACAGGAGGCUCACAAAAUGGAAAUGGAUUGGUUCGUCAGCCUUGACAUCGAGGAGUGCGUGUAUGUGCCGAAGGCAUUGGGCAACAGCGCCAGGUGUUAUUUCGGAUCUAAGGGGCACACCGUAGAACUAGUGAGACUAUGGAACCAUGAGGCAGUGCCAGAGCGACAAGAUCUGCACGAUUGGUUUCGCGAUUCUACGCUAUUCCAGGUGAGUCGGUUCCAUUGCCAAGGAUUCAAACCACCGCGUGAAUAUGAUGAAAUCUUGCGGCGGCGCGAGGGAGGAGAAGUCGAGCCUACCACUUUGACUUCGGAGACCAGGUGGCGGCAUGAUGUCAUGGUCAAAAUAUGUGAGUGCCGGCAGUCUGUGACAGAGCAUUUGAAUUUAGAAUUGCCAGCGUUGUUCGCCAACGGUGAGCAGACAUUGGAGUUUCCAGGGCAGGCAGCGUACGCUUCUGAUGCAGAAGGCCACGAGAAACAGAGGCCCAAGGAGACGUUAUACGGCUUUCAAGCGUACACGCACGGCAAGUGCGCCGUCCGCAUAAUGAGCACGCAUUUCCCACCUCCUGUACCUUGGCCGGGACACACGUUCCUCAAAGACAACGGCAGUUUGAUAAGGGAGACUUUCCAGGCCAACGGAGACGGAGCUGCGGUCAUCCUGCACUAUCCUAAUCCAUCUGCGCUGCCAAUUGGAGGCGAAAGUACGACAGGUUAG